CGAUAGCCGCGGGAAGGUCUCUUGCAGCUGCCAGGGGCUGAGGGGCCGAGGGCCGGAAGCCGCCGCUCUGCGGUCGGAGGCGAGAGCUCGCGGCGUUGAGUCGGCGGCCGCGGGCAGGGCGGCGCGGCCUUGGCCGGAGCCGUGAACCCCGCGAGGGCCGGGCAUCCACCAUGCCGCGCACAGGCCGGUGGGGCGGAGGCCGGCAGUGCCGCAGUCACAGACGCCGGGGCGCUGCCGCGGAGUUGAUUAUGGAAGAUUCUCACAAGAAUAACACUUCAGAGACUUCAACUCAACCUGCUGCAGCAGUUCAGGGAGCUCAUAUUUCUCAUAUUGUUCAGCAGGUAUCAUCUUUAUCUGAAAGUGAAGAGUCUCAGGACUCAUCUGACAGCAUAGGCUCCUCACAGAAAGCUCACGGGAUCCUAGCACGGCGCCCAUCUUAUAGAAAAAUUUUGAAAGACCUGUCUUCUGAAGAUACACGGGGCAGAAAAGGAGACGGAGAAAACCCUGGAGUUCCUUCUGUCACUUCUAUGUCUGUUCCAACUCCCAUCUAUCAGACUAGCAGUGGACAGUACAUUGCCAUUGCCCCAAAUGGAGCUUUACAUUUGGCCAGUCCAGGAACAGAUGGUGUACAGGGACUUCAGACAUUAACCAGGACCAAUUCCGGCAGUACUCAGCAAGGUACGAUUCUCCAGUAUGCACAGACCUCUGAUGGACAGCAAAUACUUGUGCCCAGCAACCAGGUGGUUGUACAAACUGCAUCAGGAGAUAUGCAGACAUAUCAGAUCCGUACCACACCUUCAGCUACUUCGCUGCAACCGACUGUAAUGAUGACGUCUCCAGUGACUCUAUCAUCUCAGACAACCAAGACAGAUGACCCCCAACUGAAGAGAGAAAUACGGUUGAUGAAAAAUAGGUAA